GGUGCCGAGGUAGCGGAGGCGGGAUCGGGUGUGACAUGGCGGGGCCUGCGAGAGGCCCCCUGCGUCGGGGCUGGGGCCAGGCAGAGGGGUUGUCCUCUCAGGGGUCUCAGUGCCACCACCCCACCCGCUGCGGAGACAACCCCAAGCGAGGGGGCCUGGGCUGGGGCCUGGCUCCUGGGCGAUGGCCGAGAGGUUGCCCCAAGAGGGCAGCCAAAGUGGCGGGUGGCCCUGUGGGGGUGGGCAGGUUGUGCCGCCUGCCUGAUGGCUUGGGGCCGCGGGCAUCUCCCCUUGCCAGUGGGGCAUGGAGCUGUGCUGGGGUGGGUGACGUGGUGUGGCUGGCCGGCCCGUGGGCGCUGCUGGGUGGCACGGGGAGGAUGAAAUGGAGGUCACCAUGGCCCGAAUCUCUGCCCGCUCUGUGGACGUGAAAAAACUCCAUGUGCCUCCAUUAGAUUCGGUUGAGGAGAUGGCGCAAGAGAGAGAGCAGCUCCGUGCAUCUCCUGGUUACGGAGGAUUUUGCCACUAUAGGAACCCGCAGCAACGGGUUAGUGCUAGCAGUGGCCUGAGCGCUCUGUGACAAUAGAGGUGUUACAUUGAGCACACUGGACAAGACAUCUGGUAUCUGAAUAAUUAUGUUCAGGAGCAAAGGAUUUGGUCUACUAAAACUGAUUCCCUUGAUGUCUGGCCAGCCAAAUUUGGCUUAUAAAUUUAUUCAUCCAGCUAUUGCUUCUCAUGGACAUUGCUGUCACAGGAGAAGUGUGGAUUACAGACAGAGGUACAAGACAUGCCCAGGUAGUGCUGGAGGACGAACACUAAGUGCUCCUCAGACCAAGAACUGGUUAGUGUUAUCAGAGGAACUGCUCCUGGUGAAGUGCAGACCUGUCCUAACAUGGAGGCCCCUUCUAGGCCAUGUACAGCAGCAGACUGGAGCUGAAACAGAAAUGCAGGUCAAGGCCAGGAUAAAGCAGUAUUACUGGUGUCAAGAUUGUAAGCAUUUAAUAGAUGCAGUUGGGAUCAUGGCAGAAGAGGAGUUGCCAGGUGUUUUGAUUCUGGAUGUAGGAGGAACUCAUGGUGUGCUAGAAGACCUUGCAGCACUUUUGAAAAAACACUUUCGCCUUAUCACCAUGAAAGAAUUUAUUGAAAACAAAAAAGAAAUGAGCAAAAAAAUCCAAUCUGUUUUCGUGUUUGAAUGCAGGCCAACUAUUGACCGGGAGCUUCUAGAAAGCCUGCCUAAUUUAAAGGUAAUUGGAAACUCCGGGGUUGGAGUCGAUCACUUAGACUUGAAAAUGAUUUCUAACUUUGGCGUAAAAGUGACCAACACCCCACAUGCUGUGGCAGACCCAACAGCGGACAUAGGAGUGGCUUUGAUGCUGGCCUCUGCCAGAAGACUAGUGGAAGGCUGCCAGAUUACGGUUUCUCCAGACACGAAGUAUUUUGCUGUGGACUGGCUGGGAGUGGAAGUAACCAGAGCAACGCUUGGGAUCAUCGGGAUGGGCAGCAUUGGGUACAAAGUGGCUCAGAGAGCCAGAGCCUUCAACAUGAGGAUCCUGUACCAUAACAGGAACCGGAGAAGGAAGGAGGAGGAAGAGGCAGUUUGUGCCCACUACUGCGAGAAGAUGGAAGACUUGCUGCAGCAGUCUGACUUCGUUAUGCUGGUUGUGAACUUGACUCCUGAGACUCACAAACUGAUUGGGAAAAAGGAGCUGGGGCUGAUGAAACCUACAGCUACUCUUAUAAACAUCAGCCGAGGUGCAGUUAUUGAUCAAGAUGCAUUGGCAGAAGCUCUCCAGAAUAAGGUUAUUAGAGCUGCUGCUCUGGAUGUGACAUACCCUGAGCCUCUGCCAAGAGAUCAUCCUUUAUUAAAAUUAAAUAACAUCAUCAUAACCCCUCACAUUGGAACCGCAACAGUCCAAGCUGUCCGUAUGAUGGCGGAAGAAGCAAUAGCAAAUAUGCUGGCUGUUCUCAACGGCCAACCCAUUCCAAGUGAAGUGUUUCCCAAAUGACGUGUGCCAGAUGAUAUCACUAAAUCUCAUGUCUAUGGGAAGGCACUAUUUCUUACAGUACCACAUUAAAGGAAAGCAACCUGUUCCUGCACUGCUCUUGCCGUCGUGAUACUGCAAAGCUGUCCUCUCAUUAGGCUUGAUCUGUACUGUUAUUUACAAUUCUGAAAAAUAAAGUGGAAUUAAUAAAAGGGAUUUGUUUAAAAAUUUUGAAUUUAGUAGGUAUGCACUUUGGUAUCUUCAGUCUAUUAUUUCAAAGAAUACUUGUGUUCUCUCCCCAGUACUUGCUGCUAGAUAAUGAUAAGCCAGUACACCAAGCAGUUUGUCUAACACUCUCGAAUAUAUUAAAGCUGAAUUGAGCAUUAAUUCCCUGCAGAAAUUUGACGGUAUCCUGAAACAUUUUUCAGCCAAUAUUGAAAUAUUUUAUUUUUAUAUCAAAACAUUGAAGAAAGCAGACUCCUUUGAAAUGAUCGUAGGCCUAAAGUUUUCUAAUCUAAGAAGAGCUCUACUUCAUCUAGAUGUUAAGUGAAAGCAAAGCCAAUCAUUGAAAAAAUAUCUUUGGUUUUCCUGAGCGUAUCCUGUGAAAACCAAAAUAAAUCCCAAGAGAUUUUGUUCCUUCGGGCAGACAAAAAUGAUGCUUUUAUCUUGACUGGCCAUGAAACAAUAGUAGGUCUACCACUGAAAUCGCAUGGGUGAGGGCACAGACUAAAGCAAAAUUAGUGAUCAGUCCUGAAUUCCAGCCCAGAGCCAAGCUUUUUCUCACAUUCUCUUUGCUAUGAGCAAGCUACAAAGUCAAAAAAUUCAGUAAAAUGUUUGUCACCUCCAUAAAAUCAGAAGGCCUUUCCAUUGAUUUGCAGUAUGGUCAAGCUUCUUGAAGGGAUGGUAAAAUGAAGUUUUAGCCCAGGAAGUAUAGACAGGCCAAGAGUUAGACAUUCAGAUGCGAAUAGUGAAAUACUACUAACGAGACAACAGCAAGUAUUGCUAUAGGGGAUUCCAAGAUCUCCAGCCCUUCCACAGCUC